AUGGCCUCAUCCCUGCUUGUCACUCUGCUGUUUCUGGCUGCAGUAGUUUUGGAUCCGGCCCUGACCCACAAGGCCAUUAAAUUCUAUCGUUGGUUUCCCAAUCUUGUUGGCCUGCAAGAUGUAGAUGUUAGUGAUGAAGGUGUGCAACAGGCUGUGGACUUUGCCAUCCAGAAGUACAACGAUAAGAGCAAGGACCUGUACCUGAGCCGUGUGGUACAGGUGGUGUGUGCCCGUGAGCAGGUGGUGGCUGGCAUAAACUACUACUUGGACUUGGAGAUUGUCAGAACCACAUGUGCCAAGGACAAGUCCUCCCAGGAUGUCUGUCCCUUCAGGGAGGACCCGAUGCAGCUCUGCUCCUUUGUGGUCUAUUCUCGACCUUGGGAACGAUUCUUGUCCCUGCUAAGGUUCAGCUGA